AUGAUUGUUGAAUUCCAAAAUGUCAAGCUAAUCGAUUUUCAAGACCGAAAAUUCCUGCGGAGUAACUUCACCGUCUUAUUAUAUCUGAAUCCGGGUUGCAACUGCUGUGUUUUGACUCAGGUUUGUGACAGGGACACUGGCGUGAAUGUUUGUGUACAUUUAUUCUGGGUGCAAACCUGA